AUGGCGACCACUGCAGCCUCCGAUGUCAGCGACGGACCGGUCCUCUCUCUCAUCAACAAGCGUAUCCGUGCCCUCCGCAAGAAAUACAACCGCAUAAUCCAGAUGGAAGAGUCUAUAGCCCAAGGCAAACCCAUCAAUAAAGAGCAAGAGGAAACUCUCAAGUCCAAAUCCUCCAUCCUCCCCGCCAUCGACGAGCUCGAGAAGCUUCGCCAACCGCUCUCCGUUGCUGUCGACGAAGAAAUCAACCUCGCCAUCCAACGCCACCCAGUCUCCGCCACCGAAUCCGCUGAAACUAAAGAUCCAGAAGAAAAUAACAGGAACAAGGAGGUCGAAAGUCAAGAUGAUGGGGUGGUUAAUGAUCUGUUGAAUUUGCUUUACUUUGGGAGUAUGUUUGAUGUGAAGUCGCAGAGCGAUUUCACGGCAACGAUGCUGACGAAGACUCACGAAAGAGGGUGUUGUUUGACCUAUGAUUAUGUGACUGAUGAUGAUUCGAAUGAUCUGCUUGGUGAGAGGGACUUGGAUUUCAUCUCGAUGCUCGGUGGUCUUUUGAUUUCGCGGCCGGUGGAUUCGAGUUUAUCUCACAAGAAUGCUUUGCAAAGGUGUAUCGAGCAUGCAAAGCUUUGGCUUUUGAAGUCUGAUCAGCUCAUUGAAGCAAAUUCAGCCAUUACCUAUUCUGGGUUGAGAGAGAAGCUGAAUAAGAUUAUGGCUUCGGAUUUUUUCACGACAACACCGGAGAUGAAGGCUCCAGUAGAUGUGGCGGCUGCUGCUUCUGGAAAUUAUGGGUCUUUCCAGGUGCCGGUGCAUGGGUCACUCAAUGUGCCAGUCCAAGUGGAAGCUUCAGUUGAGCAGUAUCUGCAAGAG